CCAGGGGCGCUGUUUCCUCUCUCUAUACCCAUAAGCGGGGGAGUGAGAGAGGUGCAUGAAAUGGAGAAAAAUGGCGGAUCAUGUGCAGGGCCUCGCCCAGCUGGAGAUCCUGUGUAAGCAGCUGUACGAGACCACGGACACGGCGGUGCGUCUGCAGGCAGAAAAAGCUCUGGUUGAGUUCACCAACAGCCCCGACUGCCUCAGCAAGUGUCAGCUGCUGCUGGAGAGAGGCAGCUCUUCCUAUUCCCAGUUGCUCGCGGCCACAUGUUUGUCCAAACUGGUUUCUCGAACCAGCAACCCUCUCCCACUCGAGCAACGCAUCGAUAUCCGGAACUAUGUUCUGAACUACCUAGCAACACGGCCCAAGUUGGCGGCGUUUGUGACGCAGGCUCUGAUCCAGCUCUACGCCCGGAUCACCAAGCUGGGCUGGUUCGACUGUCAGAAAGACGACUACGUGUUCAGGAACGUCAUCGCCGACGUGACGCGCUUCCUGCAGGACAGCGUGGAGCACUGCAUCAUCGGAGUCACCAUCCUAUCACAGCUCACCAACGAGAUCAACCAGGCGGACACGACACACCCUCUGACCAAACACAGGAAGAUCGCCUCGUCCUUCAGAGACUCAUCGCUCUUCGACAUCUUCACGCUCUCCUGUAACCUCCUCAAACAGGCGUCGGGGAAGAACCUGAACCUGAACGAUGAGUCACAGCACGGCCUCCUCAUGCAGCUGCUGAAGCUCAGCUACAACUGCCUCAACUACGACUUCAUAGGAACGUCCACAGACGAGUCCUCCGACGACCUGUGCACCGUGCAGAUCCCCACCUCCUGGAGAUCAGCGUUCCUUGAUUCCUCCACCCUGCAGCUCUUUUUCAAUUUAUAUCAUUCCAUCCCUCCGUCCCUCUCCCCUUUGGUGUUGUCCUGUUUAGUUCAGAUAGCCUCCGUGCGGCGCUCUCUCUUCAACAACGCGGAGCGAGCGAAGUUCCUCUCUCACCUGGUGGACGGAGUGAAGAGGAUACUGGUGAACCCACAGUGUUUGCCGGACCCGAAUAACUACCAUGAGUUCUGCCGGCUGCUGGCGAGGCUGAAGAGCAACUACCAGCUGGGGGAGCUGGUCAAAGUGGAAAACUACCCCGAGGUGAUCCGCCUCAUCGCUAACUUCACCGUCACCAGUCUGCAGCACUGGGAGUUUGCCCCCAACAGUGUUCACUACCUGCUGAGCUUAUGGCAGCGUCUGGCCGCUUCCGUGCCAUACGUCAAAGCCACCGAGCCCCACCUGCUGGAGACCUACACCCCCGAGGUCACCAAGGCCUACAUCACAUCGCGGCUGGAGUCCGUGCACGUCAUCCUCAGAGACGGGUUGGAGGAUCCUCUGGACGAUGCAGGUCUCGUACAGCAGCAGCUGGACCAGCUGUCCACCAUCGGCCGCUGUGAGUACGAAAAGACGUGCGCGCUGCUGGUGCAGCUGUUCGACCAGGCGGCGCAGAGUUACCAAGAGCUGCUGCAGUCCACCAACUCCAGCGCCGCGGAUAUCACCGUGCAGGAGGGUCGGUUGACGUGGUUGGUGUACAUCAUCGGUGCGGUGAUCGGGGGACGGGUGUCAUUCGCCAGUACAGACGAGCAGGACGCCAUGGACGGAGAGUUAGUCUGUCGGGUGCUGCAGCUGAUGAACCUGACAGACUCCCGGCUCGCUCAGGCGGGAAACGAGCGGCUGGAACUCGCCAUGCUCAGCUUCUUCGAGCAGUUCAGGAAAAUCUACAUCGGAGACCAGGUGCAGAAAUCAUCAAAGCUUUAUCGACGAUUAUCAGAAGUUCUGGGAUUGAACGACGAGACCAUGGUACUCAGUGUCUUUAUAGGGAAAAUCAUCACAAACUUGAAGUACUGGGGCCAGUGUGAACCAAUCACCUCCAAGACACUCCAACUACUGAACGACCUCUCCUUAGGGUACAGCAGCGUGAGGAAGCUGGUGAAGCUCAGUGCUGUGCAGUUCAUGUUGAACAACCACACUAGUGAGCACUUCUCCUUCCUCGGCGUGAACAACCAGUCCAAUCUGAGCGACAUGAGGUGUCGGACCACCUUCUACACGGCUCUGGGACGCCUGCUAAUGGUGGACCUAGGUAAUGGUGGAAAAGGUGAAGACGAGGAUCAGUUUGAGCAGUUCAUGCUUCCUCUGACGGCGGCGUUUGAAACUGUGGCUCAGAUGUUGAGCACAAACACCUUCAACGAGCAGGAGGCCAAGAGGACUCUGGUGGGUUUGGUUCGGGACCUGCGGGGCAUCGCCUUUGCCUUCAACGCCAAAACCAGCUUCAUGAUGCUCUUCGACUGGAUGUAUCCGGCUUACAUGCCCAUCCUGCAGAGAGCCAUCGAGCUGUGGUACCACGACCCAGCAUGCACCACUCCCGUCCUCAAGCUCAUGGCGGAGCUGGUGCACAACAGGUCUCAGAGGCUACAGUUUGACGUGUCGUCGCCGAACGGCAUCCUGCUGUUCAGAGAAACCAGCAAGAUGAUCACCACCUACGGGAACCGCAUCCUGACGCUGGGCGAGGUGCCGAAGGACCAGGUGUACGGCGUGAAGCUGAAGGGCGUCAGCGUCUGCUUCGCCAUGCUGAAGGCCGUCCUCAGCGGGAACUACGUCAACUUCGGGGUUUUCCGACUCUACGGAGACGACGCGCUGGACAACGCUCUGCAGACCUUCAUCAAACUGCUGCUGUCCAUCCCGCACAGCGACCUGCUCGACUACCCGAAGCUGAGUCAGUCGUUCUACUCUCUGCUGGAGGUCCUGACUCAGGAUCACAUGAACUUCAUCGCCAGCCUGGAGCCGCAUGUCGUCAUGUACAUCCUGUCCUCCAUCAGCGAGGGGCUCACUGCACUGGACACGAUGGUGUGUACGGGCUGCUGCUCGAGUCUGGACCACAUCGUCACGUAUCUGUUCAAGCAGCUCUCGCGCUCCACCAAGAAGCGCCCGACCCCCAUGGCCACGGAUGAUCGAUUUCUGCACAUCAUGCAGCAGCACCCCGAGAUGAUCCAGCAGAUGUUGUCCACAGUGCUGAACAUCAUCAUCUUCGAGGACUGCAGGAACCAGUGGUCCAUGUCCCGCCCCCUGCUGGGCCUCAUCCUGCUCAACGAGAAGUACUUUGCAGACCUGAGGAACAGCAUCGUGAACAGCCAGCCUCCAGAGAAGCAGCAGGCCAUGCACUUAUGUUUCGAGAACCUGAUGGAGGGCAUCGAGAGGAACCUGCUCACCAAGAACCGAGACAGGUUUACUCAGAACCUGUCUGUGUUCCGGCGCGAGGUGAACGACAGCAUGAAGAACUCAACGUACGGCGUAAACAGCAACGACAUGAUGAGCUGACAUUCCCCCAUCACCCCCCCCCCCCUGCCGCAGACAGACCCCCCCCCACCCUCCCUGCAUCACCCCACUCCCCCCCGGGCCCGGAUGCCUGGGGCUCACCCCCCCUUCCUCCACGCUGGUUAAACUCCCCCCUCCUCUUUUUGAUAUAAGCAUAUAUAAAUAUAUACAGAUCUAUUUUAAAGCGAUGGUCUAAAAACGCGUCCGGCUGCGGGGGGGCGGGAGGAGGAGGAGGUGGUGUGUUUGUGUGUGGGGAGGGGGGGUAAACGUAGUAAUCUGCUUCUGCCUGCCUUGUAUAGAAAAACACACCCCCGAAAAAAACCAAGUGUACAUUUUUUUUCGUAACAUUUUGAACAAUGUUUAUAAUGAUCGAGAGGAAACACAAAAAUCAAAAUGAAAAAAAAACUGUGUGAUUGAGCUUUUUACAGUGUAGUGAGUCAGUGUCUGCAGGGGGGAGCACUUAGGCUGCAGAGGGAGGGGGGGGGCACUAACAGGAAGUCAGAGCAUCCAUGUUGUACAUUUUACUGAAGUCUCUGGAGGAAGUGAUGUAAAUACACAGCGCGGGUUAAAGGGACGCGCAUCGUGUCCGGCUCUUAAAGGGAUGCUACGCCUGCAAAAAUCAUCAUGUACACAUCCAUUAAUCACAGAAUCAUGCAAGAACAACGUGUUUGCAUCCCGCCGAAACCUAAAGUACAGGAUGUGUUGUCGGGUUUCAGUGGGAUGCAAGGAAAAACUACAUUUCCUGCACAUAUUUAUAUCUGUGGCGGUGAACGCAGCACGGUCCUCUUCAAGAUGCAUUUUACAGAAAUAAUUUCUAACACUAAUUAAAAUAAUCAACUUUAUAUAAAUACACCUGGAAGUCCUCUUUAACUUAACAAGAAAUAAUAAUAACGGAGCCGGGGAGAAGAUAACUGAUCAGAUUAUUAAUAUUCAGAAAAUAAACUUUGGACUUGAAUAAUGAAACUAAAUUCUCUCACAUUUAAGACCUUUGCAAUAAAUAAUCACAGGUGUUCUCUAAGAUUAAAUCGAUCAUAUUGAACAGUUUCUGUUGUAAUUCUUUCUUAUAGUUCACUACAUUAAGCUUGGAAUAUAUAAACAAUCUUCCACUUUAUUAACCACUUAAAUCUUUGAGAAAAUCAAACAUUUUUCUAAAAAAAUACCAAGUUUUUUUCUCUUAAAUUCACAGCUUUAUUCAAAGGAAUCUCCCAUUUUGUUUCUCGAGAAAUCAUGACUAAAUCGUGUGGCAUAAUCAAGAUUCUGAUCCAAAUUCUCCAAAAUAAAACAAGUAAAUCUUCGAGAAACCUGGAUAUUAUCUAGGUUUUUUUCCUCGUAAAUGUACCACUUUAAUCCACUGAAAUACUAAAUAUCAUCUCAGAUUCAGGUUACACAUUUGCGAUAAAAGAAACCAGGUUAUUCUUUAAGAUGAACCUGAUAUAAUGUAAAUUCACUUUAUUAAGCCUGGAAAAUAUAGACAAUCUGUCCCAUUAAUUAACGACUGAAGUCUCUGAGAAUAUCCCAACAUGUUCUCUAAAACCUAAAAACAUGCUCCGUUUUUCUCUUAAAUUCACAGCUUUACUGGGAAAAGGUUUCUAUCCUAAAUCCUCCGAAAUAAAACGAGUAAUUCCGGAGAACACCUGGAUAUUUUCUCCUAAAUGAACCUGUUUAAAUACUAAGUACCCUCACAGAUGUCCCCCCCCCCAGGCUGCAUAUUUUAUUAUUUAUGUUCCUGCACCGUGAAUGAAGUUACCCUAAGUCCCGCCGCGUCUCGUCACGUGCAGAUCCUGAAGUUUUUUACGAACACCAGAAACGAGGUUUAAGAAGUCAGCGUUUCGCGCGUCCCUUUUUGCGCGCGAACUAGCAUGUUGGUUAGCGUGUAAACACCAUGGUCACGCCUUCACCCCCCCCCCCCCCAUCUGGCAGGCCGGGUGCAGCUUUCACCAUCUUGUUUACACUCUGCACUGCACCCCCCCUUCAGCGGAUUUGUGUGUGUGUGUGUGUGUGUGUGUGUGUGUGUGUGUGUGUGUGUGUGUGUGUGUGUGUGUGUGUGUGUGUGUGUGUGUGUGUGUGUGUGUGUGUGUGUGUGUGUGUGUGUGUGUGUGUGUGUGUCAUGGUGCUGCGACCCCCGUUGGAUACAGUAAUAAAGAGGGAGGGGCUCCUUGUGAAGGACGUUCAGUUGUAAAUCUGUUAGCAACGUGUGUUACUUUCUACGAUGUCGCUGCUAACCGUUACCGUGACAACUAGCUCAUUUCUAACCAUGUCCGCACUCAUGGAUGUUUAUUGAGUUUCUAAUUCUUUGGUUUGUGUCCUGAUGUGAAUGUGUUGGGUCCAUAGAGUGAGUAGAGUUGUUUGGAUGUCUGCUACAUAUAGUGUAAGCAUUGUGACUGCAAAUAAACCUCAUUGAUUUUUA